AUUGUAUCAUAGGAUUUUCCUCAAUAAAUUUUUGUCAAAAAUCUGUAUAAAAUUUGUUAUUGAAACGGGCAGAACUCUAUAACCAGUUUGUUAUUCUUAUUGGAGGAUCUUUUCUGCCAUUUUACAAUAUAAACUCGUAUACGCGUACGAUGGCACGUCUGUAUGAUCCCCGAGCCGUUCUGUUUUCGCCAGAGGGCCGCCUCUACCAAGUGGAAUAUGCCAUGGAGGCCGUCUACGCUUCCAACCUAUGCCUGGGCAUAGUUGCCGCAGAUGGCGUUUUACUAGCCGCGGAACGCUGCAACAGUCGACUGGUCGGCGGGCCAUCGGGAAAGAUGUUUCGCUUGGCUAACAACGUGGCUUGCACCUGGGCCGGACUCGCAGCCGAUGCCACGAAACUGAUUGAUGAGAUGCGAAUGUCAGCCCAACGCUUCAGAUUUAACUAUGGAGAGAUGAUUCCAUGUGAGGGACUCGUGGCCGAUAUAUGCGACGUCAAGCAGUCCUACACUCAGUGGGGCGGCAGGCGGCCCUUCGGCGUUUCCAUUCUGUUCAUGGGCUGGGACGAAGUCUAUGGCUACCAGCUGUACAAUUCCGAUCCCAGCGGCAACUACAGUGGCUGGAAGGCGACUGCCACUGGCCAGCACUUUGGCGUCGCCAGCUCUCUGCUGGAGCAAGAGAUAGACCCCGAAGUAUCCAUUAGUCUGGAAGAAGCCAAGGACCUUGCCAUGAAGGUACUGGACUGCGCUCUGGGAACCGCUAAUCUGAUUCCGAACAAGUUGGAGAUGUCCACCUUGCACCGCGCAAGUGAUGGCUGCUGCAUCUACACUCUUUUUGAGAUGACCGAUGUGGAGAAGCUGACCGAAAAGUAUAAGAAAGGGCUGGUCUGGCAGGAGCCGAAGGGGAUGCCAACUAGGGGAUGCAGUCCAUAAACACAUACACCUACAUGUACUACAGAUUCUAAGAGCAAUUAUUAUGCACAUAUUUGUACUUAUUAUAUAGCAAUUUUUGAAAGUUGUGUAUUUACGUUCAUACGU